AAGCCUUCCUCUUAGACUCACUCUUAUUUUUUUCGGAGAGACUACGUGGUCAACGUCAAAAUGAACUCCGGAGUACAGAACAUUGUGAUUUCUCUGGGUGCAAUGCAGGUUGCCCGUCGAAUCCCAUUCGAUGACCCGGAGGUUCUCAACUAUGUUCGCAUAGGUUAUGUUGCAAGUCAAGUCAUCAUUAUGGGCGUGUACUUCUAUGUUUCCUACAAGAUUAGGCAGAAGAACGACCAGACGGUCUUGAAAUAUGUUGAUGGUCAAAAUCCCAUGUCACCCGACUCGGGAGGACUCGUAACCACGACGGUCCGCGACUAUGACCUGUCCGAAACGUCAAAACUUCUUCGUGCUGCGUACUUUGGUGUCGCCAUGAUGGGCUUCUUCCAUAUCUACAUGAAGUACACCCAGCCUCUCUUUAUUCAAGCCCUUAUGGGUUUGAAGAAUCUGUACGAUGCAAAGCCUGUUGCUAUCCACCUCCUUGGCAAGGCUGCGGAGGGCGACCUCAAGAGACCGUUCAAGACUGCAUCGAUGUUCGGAGCUGCAGCUGGUCCGCAAACAGACGCAGCAACGAUUGCAGAAGCAGAAAAGAAGAUUGGUGCAAAGAAGGAGGAUUAGUGAAUCUAUACUUUACACUCUCUGGCUGCUCUACAUGGCUUGCAUAUCUAUCUCAUCCAUGACAUGUCAAUUUGGUGCAAUAUACACCCACCAUCUGUCAU